GGCAAGCCCACCAUCGACCACCUGCAGCCAUGGAAGGAGGCGUGCAGCUUCUCAACCGAGAUGGCCACAGCAUCUCCCACAACUCCAAGCGGCACUAUCACGACGCCUUCGUGUGCAUGAACCGCAUGCGCCAGCGCGGGCUGCUCUGCGACAUCGUGCUCCAUGUGGGCACCAAGGAGAUCAAGGCCCACAAGGUGGUGCUGGCGUCCUGCAGCCCGUACUUCCACGCCAUGUUCACAAAUGAGAUGAGCGAGAGCCGCCAGACCCACGUCACGCUGCACGACAUCGACCCGCAGGCUCUGGAGCAGCUGGUGGAAUACGCUUACACGGCCGAGAUCGUGGUGGGCGAGGGGAACGUGCAGACACUUCUUCCUGCUGCCAGCCUGCUUCAGCUGAACGGUGUGCGGGAUGCUUGCUGCAAGUUCCUUCUCAGCCAGCUCGACCCAUCCAACUGCCUGGGGAUCCGGGGUUUUGCUGACACGCACUCCUGCAGCGACCUCCUCAAGUCUGCGCACAAAUACGUCCUCCAACACUUUGUGGAGGUGUCCAAGACAGAGGAGUUCAUGCUGCUGCCUCUUAAACAGGUGCUGGACCUCAUUUCUAGCGACAGCCUCAACGUGCCGUCAGAGGAGGAGGUGUACCGGGCUGUGCUCAGCUGGGUCAAACACGACGUGGACAGCAGGAGACAGCAUGUCCCCAGGCUCAUGAAGUGCGUGCGGCUGCCCCUGCUGAGCCGGGAUUUCCUCAUGAGCAACGUGGACACCGAGCUGCUGGUGAGGCAUCACUCGGAGUGCAAGGACCUGCUGAUCGAAGCCCUCAAGUACCACCUCAUGCCGGAGCAGAGAGGGGUCCUGAGCAACAGCAGGACGCGGCCGCGGCGCUGCGAGGGGGCCAGCACCGUGCUCUUCGCCGUGGGUGGAGGGAGCCUGUUCGCCAUCCACGGGGACUGCGAGGCUUACGACACGCGGACGGACCGGUGGCACAUGGUGGCCUCCAUGUCGACGCGCAGGGCCAGGGUGGGCGUUGCGGCCAUUGGGAACAAGCUGUACGCCGUGGGCGGCUACGAUGGGACCUCUGAUUUGGCCACGGUGGAGUCCUACGAUCCUGUCACCAAUUCCUGGCAACCCGAGGUGUCCAUGGGCACCAGGAGGAGCUGCCUGGGUGUCGCAGCGCUUCACGGGCUUCUCUAUGCUGCUGGGGGCUACGAUGGGGCCUCCUGCCUGAACAGCGCAGAGCGGUACGACCCUCUGACAGGCACCUGGACAUCCAUCGCUGCCAUGAGCACCAGGAGACGCUACGUCCGGGUGGCAACGCUAGAAGGCAACCUCUACGCUGUUGGGGGAUAUGACAGCUCAUCCCACUUAGCCACUGUAGAAAAGUAUGAGCCCCAGGUCAACACCUGGACGCCCAUCGCCAACAUGCUGAGCCGGCGGAGCAGCGCAGGGGUGGCCGUGCUGGAGGGGAUGCUCUACGUGGCUGGCGGCAACGAUGGGACCAGCUGCCUUAACUCUGUUGAGCGCUACAACCCCAAAACCAACACGUGGGAGAGCGUGGCACCCAUGAACAUCCGGAGGAGCACCCACGACCUGGUGGCCAUGGACGGGUGGCUGUACGCAGUGGGUGGCAACGACGGCAGCUCCAGCCUCAACUCCAUUGAGAAGUACAACCCCCGUACCAACAAGUGGGUCGCAGCCUCCUGCAUGUUCACACGCCGGAGCAGCGUGGGGGUGGCUGUACUGGAACUCCUCAACUUCCCUCCCCCCUCCUCGCCCACCCUGUCGGUGUCUUCGACGAGCCUUUGA